GGGAAAUCGGCCAUGUGAGGCUUCCCGGCGAGGAGGGGGAAGCUGGUGGUGGGGCGAAGGCAAGGAGGAUUUUUCUAAGUGAUGGAUCCUGCGGUCCCUAAGAGAAUUUCGCCUCAGGAGUACCUCUAAGGGAGCGCUUACGUGUUGCAGCACCUGCCCUCUGGGACACGCUCCCGUUGACAAGAGGCAGGCGCCUCCGGUCCUUGUCUUUACAUGUUCGCUCAAGAUCCUCCUCUUCAUGAACGCUUUCCCUGAAGGGUGACCCAUCAAACAGGCUCCCAGUGUCCUUUGAGGAGGUGACUGUGGGCUUCUCCAAGGAGGAUUUGCCUCUGCUGGAUCCAGGGUAGGGGGCUCUCUGUACAAGGAAGACACAAUGGAGAAUUAGAGCAGCUGGCUCCUUGCCAGCUUUUGUUGCCAUCUUGUCUCCACUCUCACAACUAUCUGCGUCUUCUUCUGAGGAUCCGGACACUUUCUCAAGGCGACCGAGAUUAUGAUUUGAGGGACGUUUACGGCGUUGCCAGUCUGGGAUGUGUGGGAGAAAACAAAUGGAACAAGCACAUCAAGUCUCUGAGGAAAGUGAUAAGUGGCCAAACAUGGAAGAGGAUGUUGAGGAUCAAAAUGGGAUGAAUCAUCUGGAAGAAAACCAACAAAAUCAAGAGAGAAGUAAAUACCUGGAUGGUGACCUCCAUGCAACUACGGUACAAGAAAAAAACCUGAAAGAAGAGGGAGAGACAAAAUGGCCUGUGAAUGGAAAAAUAUUCAGUUGUGAAUCAACCCUUGAUGACCACACAGCAAAGAAACAAUAUAAAUGCCUUGAGUGUGGAAAGAGUUUCAGGGACAAUUCUGGUCUUCUCACCCAUCAAAGAACACACACGGGGAAGAAACCAUUUGAAUGUCUGGAGUGUGGGAAAGCAUAUAAUUCGAGGUGGGGAUUUACUCUUCAUCAGAGGUUCCAUUCAGGGGAGAAACCAUUUCAAUGCUUCGACUGUGGAAAAAGAUUCAUCCAGAAGGGUAACCUUCAAAUGCAUCAAAGAACUCACACAGGGGAAAAACCAUUUCAAUGUCUGGAGUGUGGAAAGAGUUUCAAUCAACAGGGAAAACUUACUAUUCAUCAUAGAAUUCACACAGAAGAAGAGCCCCGAUAUAAAUGCCUUGAGUGUGGAAAGAAUUUCAAGAGCAAAGCCGAACUUAACGCCCAUCAAAGAACACACACAGGGGAGAAACCAUUUGAAUGUCUGGAGUGUGGAAAAGCAUUUAAGAAGAGGUGGGGACUUACUCUUCAUCAGAUGAUCCACUCAGGGGAGAAACCAUUUCAAUGCUUGGAGUGUGGACAGAGAUUCCGCAACAGUAAUGCCCUUAUAGCGCAUCAAAGAACUCACACAGGGGAAACACCAUUUAAGUGUCCAGAGUGUGGAAAAUAUUUCAGUCGGGGCUAUUGCCUUAAGCUCCAUCAAAGAACGCAUACAGAUGAAAAACCAUAUAAAUGCGUAGAGUGUGGAAAGAGAUUUAUCGAGAAGGAUGAGCUUACUUCCCAUCAGAGAAUUCACACAGGAGAAAAACCAUUUGAAUGUUCGCAGUGUGGAAAGAAGUUCAAUCGUAAGGCAACCCUUACUAGUCAUCAGAGAAUUCACACAGAAGAGAACCCAUUUAAAUGCCUGGAUUGUGGAAAGAGUUUCAGGGACAAUUCUAGCCUCCUUGCCCAUCAAAGAAUGCACACAGGGGAGAAACCAUUUAAGUGUCUGGAGUGUGGAAAAGCAUAUAAUUCGAGGACGGGACUUACUAUUCAUCAGAGGUACCAUUCAGGGGAGAAGCCAUUUCAAUGCUUGGAGUGUGGAAAGAGAUUCAGCGAGAAGGGUACCCUUAAGGUACAUCAAAGAACUCACACAGGGGAAACACCAUUUCAUUGUCUGGUGUGUGGAAAAAGUUUCAAGCAAGAGGGAAGUCUCACUAUUCAUGAGAGAAUUCAUACAGGAGAAGGAAACCGAUUUAAAUGCCUGGAUUGUGGAAAGAGUUUCAGGGACAGUUCUGGCCUUCUUGUCCAUCAAAGAAUGCACACAGGGGAGAAACCAUUUAAGUGUCUGGAGUGUGGAAAAGCAUUUCGUUGGAGGGGGGGACUUACUACUCAUCAAAGAAUCCACUCAGGGGAGAAGCCAUUUCAAUGCUUGGAGUGUGGAAAGAGAUUCAGCAGGAAGGGUGCCCUUCAGUUACAUCAAAGAACUCACACAGGGGAAAAACCAUUUAAAUGUCUGGAGUGUGGGAAAAGCUUCAGAAAUACCUCCGCUCUUAAUUCCCAUCAAAAAAUCCACACAGGGGAGAAACCAUUUAAAUGCCUGGAGUGUGGAAAGGGCUUCCAACGGAAGCCUGAUCUUGCUUUACAUCAAAAAAUCCACACAGGGGAGAAAUCGUUUAAAUGCCUGGAGUGUGGAAAGAGCUUCAGGUGGAGUUCUGCCCUUCUCGCCCAUCAAAGAACCCACACGGGGGAGAAACCAUUUCACUGUCUGGAAUGUGGUAAAGCAUUUUAUCAGAGGGGAAGACUUAAUUUCCAUCAAAAAACGCACUCAGGGGAGAAGCCGUUUAAAUGUUUGGAGUGUGGAAAGGGAUUCCGCCAGAGCAGUGCCCUUCAAUGCCAUCAGAGAAUUCACACGGGGGAGAAGCCAUUUAAAUGCUGGGAGUGUGGGAAGUUCUUCAGCAAAAAGGAGGCCCUUACGUUACAUCAAAGAAUUCACACACAGACCUCUUCAGUAGAGGAGGGGUCCAAUCCCCCAGAACAGGCCUCUCCUAGAGUACACCUAAAGCAAGAUGAAGGAUCCUCUGGGAGCAAUGCCUCAACUGUGGUCCCCCGCAAUCCAGUCAACCCUGUCCUGAGCCCAGUCAUGAUUCCAGACUCUCCUUCCACCACCCAGGAUUCAGCAGAGCAGCAAUGGCAGUGUAUCCGGUGGGACACUCAGAGCCAUGGUGGCAGAGCUCUCCUGACUCCCAGAAUACCAUUUUGUCCAGAGUACGCUCACGAGGAAGACCCUUCUCAGGAACAAGGGUCUAUUGAUCUGGAGGAAGACCCAGGUGUGACUACCGAUGAGGCAGCGUUAGCUACAACUGCUGAAUCAGGGCCAUCCAGAACAUAUGCUCUCAGUCUUGCCCAGACCUUUCCUUCAUUAACAGCUCCCAUAGAGCAAUCGAAGUCCAGGUAUGGGCCUGAGUCAGGGGAAGCUAUUUAACGGUCUGGAAUAUUACACACCUCUUAUUUCAAACAAAUCAUUUAAUUGCUGUCUAAGCGAGGGACAAUCCGUAGAAAUGCUCCUAAUAUGGUGGUCUCUGUUCUCAUAAAAUAGGCCUUAACAGACACCCGACGAUUCAUGUUUCUUUUCGUAAAGCCCAAGAAUGGUUCUGGUUGUAGUUUGAGCUUUUAUAAUGCAUCAAGUGAUGCAUGUGUGUGUUUCUCACACACAUGCACAAGCACAGGGAC